AAAGUUCAAAUCUAAGGCAACUCCCAGACAUAAAAAGGAAAAAACUACAAAAAAUUCUUAAAAAAUUAAAAAGGAAACACCGAAAAAAAGUGAAACAAAAACCAACCUUAUUUUCAUAUCCUCUUCAAAAAAUUCUGCUGACAUUCGCCAGAGCGCCCGCCCGCCUGAAAGCAGACUCUAAAAAUCCUUGGCACUUAAAUAACAUUAGCACCGUUAUUCCACCAUUGACUUGUUAAAGGUGGUGCGUAAAAUUGAUUUAUUACAUUGAACAAAAGGAGGAGAAGUAGAGGUGGGAGGAGAAGGCGAAGCAGUUGAAAAAGAAUAUAACCCAAAGAAAAAAAUAGGCAACAGAGAGUUUUUUUUGAUAACAACCACAAUAAGGACAAGUCGAAAAAAACAACAACAAUACAAGAAGAAUUUCUACAACAAAAGAAAAAAAAAGUCGAAAAAUAUCGAAAUCAUCACCAGACUCUGCCCCAACUCCCAUGAAUGUCAAAAACUCAAAUCCUAUUUCAACCUUCAAAUAUCUCUCCAUUAUAUCUACUGCAAACUGCACAAUAAAGAACAACUGUGAUUCUUAGAGCAACUCAAUUCUACAAAAGGAUUCAAGCCCAAGAAAAAAAUCAGGACGACUAGCUCUAGCUUAAAAUACAACAACAACAACAAAAUGGAUAAAUUCUACUCAUUUUUGCUGAUAACCCUCAUUGUGACAACACAUUGGUCCACGCCCACCCUGACACAAAUGUUAAAUGAACCCAACAUGCAACUGGAUCCAGAUCCCGAAUUUAUUGGCACCAUUAACAAUGUCACAUUUCCCGCAGGCCGUGAGGCCAUAUUGGCCUGUUCCGUAAGGAAUUUGGGGAAAAAUAAGGUCGGUUGGCUGCGGGCCUCAGACCAGACAGUGUUGGCCCUCCAGGGACGUGUGGUCACGCACAACGCCCGCAUAAGUGUCAUGCACGAGGAUAUGCACACCUGGAAGUUGAAAAUAAGUAAAUUGCGUGAAAGCGAUCGUGGUUGCUAUAUGUGUCAGAUCAAUACUAGCCCCAUGAAGAAGCAAGUCGGAUGUAUCGAUGUUCAAGUUCCUCCAGAUAUUAUUAAUGAAGAAUCGUCCUCGGAUUUGGCGGUGCAAGAGGGCGAAGAUGCCACCCUGGUUUGCAAGGCCACGGGCAAUCCAACGCCACGGGUCACCUGGCGUCGGGAAGAUGGUGAAAUGAUUUUGUUGCGUAAGCCAGGCAGUCGGGAACUGAUGAGAGUUGAAUCCUUCCAAGGUCCGGCCUUGAAACUGGCCCGCCUCGAAAGACGUCAAAUGGGUGCCUAUUUGUGUAUAGCCUCCAAUGAUGUACCUCCAGCGGUUAGCAAGCGGGUGUCUCUCAGUGUACAAUUUGCCCCCAUGGUUCGGGCGCCAAGCCAACUGCUGGGUACGCCCCUCGGCUCCGAUGUCCAAUUGGAAUGUCAGGUUGAGGCAUCGCCAUCUCCCGUUUCCUAUUGGCUCAAAGGCGCCAGGACAUCGAGUGGCUUUAAUAGCAACAGUGCUUUGGAGACGGGACAACCCGGACCGGAAAUGUUAUUGGAUGGACCCAAAUAUUCCAUAACCGAGAAACGGGAUGGCUAUCGUGGCAUUAUGCUGCUCACCGUGCGCUCAUUUUCACCCUCCGAUGUGGGUACCUAUCACUGUGUCAGCACGAAUUCUUUGGGUCGGGCUGAGGGUACUCUGAGAUUAUAUGAAAUCAAACUGCAUCCUGGCAUAGCGACCAUAAAUGAUGAUCAACUGAAUUUUAUUGGCGGCCUGGAAGAAUCGCGCAAUGCAGCACAAACGACAGCUAGAAUAACAGCAACGAGACAAAGCAUAUCAUGGCUACACAUAUCGCCAGCACUUGUGCUAACGACACAUAUCCUCUGCUCCACACCUUUGACAUCGGCAAUCUUAAGAUGGCUAAGUAGAGGCUUAGCCCUAAGAUGAUGCAAAUCGGCUUUAGAAUAAGAAACCACACUCAGACAAACAAACACAAUUACUCACACACACACACAGAAACGUACACACAUCAAAGCCCACAUAUACAUGCAUAUAUAAUAAAUGUAUAAUUGUAUACAUAUAAAAUUGAAGGACAUAGACAUUUAUAUAGACAUAUAUAUAUAAGAUACUCAUACAUAUAUACAUAUAUACAAACACAUCUACAGUCGUCAUAUAAGGACAUUAGCGUAUUGAAAGAGAGAGUCGUCGUUUGUCCUUUCUUUCUUCACGCACUCACACACAAACACACUAGCAUAAAAUAACAAGAAGAAGAAGAAGAAAAAAUACUCAUGAAUUACAUAGAAAUAUAAUUUACAUUAAUAUUGGCGAGAAAAACAAGUGCGAACAUGCAGAAAAAAGGAAAGAAAAGGAUUAUAAGAUAUAAAUUAGAAGGCAUUAAUUAUAUAUACUAUUACAUAUAGAUAUACAGACAUAUUCGUACAUAUGUACGUACAUUU